AGUGCUAAACCUUACAGUAAGCAGCAUAGGGUAGCAAUGUUACAGUAGGCUCUGGUACAAUCAUUCAAAUCGUGUCGUAACUAGCUGUUCUCACACCCACAGCCCUGGCACUUUCAAAUGAGGCUUAUGCCUGCCUUACUAUUAGAAAACAGCAGAGCGAUUCCACUAAUUAUCCAGAAUGGUUACACAGAGGAUUUAUGCUACUUAUAUGGUGACUGUACGAUGUACGUAGCUCAUUGAAAUCUCAGGCUGAUCAUUGCUGAAGCUACCACAGGCUCUUGGGUUCGACUGAAUGAAAAAAAAAUCCUCAAAAAUUGAAAGACUUGUUGUUUGGAUCCAGCGUAGACACCAUGCCAGUUCUGUCAACAGCAGCAGGAUUGCAUGAAAUAUUGGCUCUUCUGACAGCACAGCUAAGACCAGAUGCCAAUCUCACAGCAGAAAUUGGUUUCCUGACAGAAGUCUUCAGCGAACAUAGUUUCAACUCACUCAUGAAGAUUCAUCAGAAGCUGCAGCAAUUUGUUAGACAAGGACCAACUCCUGCCCUACACAGUGCAGCAGCUUUAGCCGAGGAUAUAUCCGAAGAGCUGCAGAGUGGACAGAACAGCAAUGACACGAAAGAACUGAUGCAGUUAUUGGCCAAGCCACACCUCCAGGCUGUGCUGUCAGCUCAUGACACAGUAGCUCGCAAGGCCUUUGAUCCUGUGCUACCACCAAUGCCAGACGACCUCGAAGCUGAGGAGGAGGAGGAAUCUAUGAAGAUUGUCCGCCUUGUGAAAAAUAAAGAGCCAUUGGGAGCAACAAUCAGGAUGGAUGAACAAACAGGCUCUGUUGUUGUUGCACGGAUCAUGCGCGGUGGGGCUGCAGACCGCAGUGGUUUAGUUCAUGUUGGAGAUGAACUAAGAGAGGUCAACGAAAUCCCAGUUGAGCACAAGACACCUGAAGAAAUCAGUCAGAUUCUGGCCCAGUGUCAGGGUUCAAUAACGUUAAAGCUAAUUCCAGCUGUCAAAGAAGAGGACCACCUUAAUGAAACAAAGAAAGCUUUACACAAGGCUCCACGUCGACGAUUAAGGGCUAAGGUACACGUGAGAGCCUUGUUUGACUAUGACCCAAGCGAGGAUAAAGCGAUUCCCUGUAAAGAAGCAGGGUUACCUUUCAGGAAGGGGGAUGUCCUUCAGGUUGUAAGCCAGGACGACUCUGUGUGGUGGCAAGCAAAGCGUGUGGAAGACGUAAACCUGAGGGCAGGCCUGAUUCCAUCCAAAAAGUUUCAAGAGAAACGACUUGCCUACAGGCAAAAAAAAGCUAAUUUGGAACAAGAGAAAAGCAGUAAAAGAUCAUCCUAUGACCAAAGUUGUGAGAAAGAUGACUGUGAUUGUGAUGGGUAUUUGAAUGGGCUGUACAUAGCUGGUUUACGGAGAAGUUUUCGGCUCAGUAGGAAAGACCGACAUGCAAAUCAAAAUGAAGAGAAACAGACUGAGCAGAAAGAUGCAGAAUAUCUAACCUAUGAAGAAGUGGUUGUCUACCAACGCCGCCCCAAUGAUGUGCACAGGCUGGUGGUGCUUGUUGGUUCUAUAGGAGCAAAGGUUAAUGAGAUGAGACAAAGGAUUGUAGCAGAGAAUCCCAACCGUUAUAAUGUGGCCGUUCCUUCAACAACAAGGCAAAAGAAAGUCCAUGAGAGGCAAGGAUUGGAAUACCAUUUUGUCAGUAAACUUUCAUUUGAAGCAGAUAUUCAGAAGAACAGAUUUGUUGAACACGGAGAAUACAAAGACAAUCUGUAUGGAAUAAAUGUAGAUUCCAUUCGUACAAUUAUGCUGAAAAAAAAGAUUUGCUUAUUGGAUGCAAAUCCAGAAACAAUUAAAAACCUCAGGACAGCAGAAUUUAAACCAUAUGUGAUACUUGUUAAACCAUUUCUUCAAGAACCAAAGGCAAACACAUCAACAGCAGAAACAUCAGGAAAUAACAAUGUUAAAGAACUAGAAGAAGACAAAUAUCAGGAAAUGGUCCAGUCAGCAGCUUAUAUUGAAGAGCAGUAUGGUCAUCUCAUCGAUAAAGUCCUGGUGAAGGGUGACCUUCAGACCGCAUGCAGUGAAUUGAAAACAAUUCUGGAGAGUAUAGAAAGGGAUACGUUCUGGGUACCAGCAAGUUGGGUCCGUUCUUAGCUGUACCAACCUAAUGAGAGGAGCAUAAUAUGGUACCACCUUCUGACCAUCAAAAACUGAUGGGUGGUUUAAGAUAAAUGACUGGAAGUUGGUGAUAGCUUAUCCACAUAAAAAAAAUAUAUAAUGCACCCCAAUUAAGCGCAGGAAAUCAAAUAUGGCACUAUUUUUGAUUGCUUAUGGGAAGAUGUACUAUAAAGGAGUAUCUUUAAACAAUAUAAGUUAUGAACAAAAAUUAAUUCAUCUGGAAAUAUAAUAGUUCUGAAAGUAAUGCUGGAUUGAUGAGGAUUACUUAGAGUUUCAAGUUCAAUGUUAAUAUUUAGGGGCUAGGAAGGAAAGGGCAAUAGGAUGAAGAAUAUUCCCUCGAGAUAUUAGAAGCCUCUCCUGCAAAGAGGUAUUUACGCUCAUACUUUACCGAAACCCCAGAGAAAAUCUUCUCCCAGCUGAGCCCUACUGACUAAAUAAAUAAUGAAGUGAUCAACCUUUGCAAAAGGGAAAAGUUGAGCAAUCAGAAAAUCGCACCUCUCCUUCUACUAUACAUAACAUACUGUAGAAAUAACGGAAAGGAAACUGCAGCUAAUCAAAGACAAUAACACCAGUUGUAUGAACAUGUACUGCCAGCAAGUAAGGCCCCCUGCCGAGUGUGAACAUUGUUGAAAAUUAGUUUAACGCAUAGGUACAAAGAGGAUGUAUGUAAACUGCUAAAUUGGAUGAGGCAGAUGGAAUUUACCAAACAGCCAUUAUGCAUGUUAACAAUAUGGUGAAAUAGAAAUUUUUUUGUGGCUAAAUCAUUUCUAGAAGCUUAAAUAUUUUUAAAAUUUAGUAGUUCUCGUUAUACAAUUCCACUAUAUUAGAAAUAUUUAGGUGCAUUUUACAUAUGUAACUUGCCUUAAUGAGGAACAAGCUUACAAUAAGCCUUUCACAACUGAAUAUGAGCAUCUUCACUUAUAUAAAAUCAUCUUAGAUCACUUGCAUCUUGGCUUCAUGAGUUUAAGACUUCCUCUGGAACAGUUGGUUGUAUUUCAUGGAUACUUCUAUAGCUUUCAUAACUAGGCAACCAGCUCCUAAAUCUGAGAGGCUAACAUUUUGAUGAAAAUUAAACUGCAAUAUUGUGAGUAGAUAACUUAUAACUAAAGGUUACAUGCAUAAAAUUUUCUCUGUAAAACUCAUCAGUCAAUAGAUAACUUUCCAUUAAUUUGAUAAUACUUACAACACGUUCAUAUAGAUGUUUUGAACGCAGAGAGUGGAGUGGCAAUGUGAUGCGGAUUCCUCCUCACCUAGUACACAUAUCUUAAAAGAGUUUGCCAGUGUUAUGCAGUCCAUUGUCAAGCACUGUCUAUUCUAGGCUACUGAAUAAACUGAGAAUAGUGCUCACUCUGUCAGCAAUGGUCAUGCUCAUCAAGUUAUUGAAUGAUGGGAAAUUUAGGUCUGUUGCUAUUUUCAUUCAUGGAGGAGAUGGAACACCAUGUCAAUGUAGAGGUUUCCUCCACCACUGGCAUGCCUCACAUCCUUCACGAGUAAUUGAAUAUCCUGAUUUAUUCCUGGCCAGUACAUCAAUUCACUUGCUAGCCAUCCUAUGCCCUCAGUACCCAGGUGCCCUUGAUUUCACAGGUAUAUGACAUCCUGGUGUAAUGCAUUUGAUGUUAGGAUUUGUUUUCCCUUAAAAAUGGUUUGUCAUGUUAUACCAUGUUGGUCUCUGUAUGGCCAAACUCAACUAAUCAUCUCAGGUGGAUUUUUUAAUGCGGUCAGGCCAUCCCUGGAAAACGUUCAUUUGCAACUCUUGUAGUUGUUCAUCUUCAGCAGUUGAUGAUUGUAACUGUUCACACAGGCCAUUUGAUAUCCAUCAGGCAGAAGAUUUCAGGAAGCCAAGAUGAACUGGUGUAUUGGCAUUGCUGUGUGAUUCUGCCAAUGCACAGAAUUGGUGCUCUAUUUUAUGUGAAAUGGUCUCUCAUAUGCUGUACCAUGCACUGCCACUUGCUGAUGAACAUGUCUUUCAGGAUGUGCAGUGGUAAUAUGUUGGUGCAAGCCCAGAAGUUAUAGUCUUUAAUGUAAAUCAUCCUGUCUUUUCAGGACAUAUGAUAUUAAAGGUUGUAAAAGCUUUGGAUUGCCUAUACUGCCGACAUAGCAAGUGACGUUAUCAAAAGGAAAUCUGGAUCAUCUUCUUAAAUUUGCUUUUUGCAUUGUUGGAUCAGCUGACUUUGCAUUUAUGUAACAUUUAACACUUUCUUUGCUGUCAGUGUUGCAUUGUACUGUCUUGUUGAUCACCUGUGUUUUGUACUGGAAUCUGGUUUGGCCUUUGGAAGCAGAUUUCUUGCACAUGGAUUCUCAAUAUCCUCAGUUGCCACAUGCUUGACAGAUAAAGAAAAAGUAGAAAUCUUUCAGCUGAGUGCAGCAAACUCAUCUGUUACAGAUUUUAUUAGUUUGGUGUGUUUUGCUAACCAUGCCUGUGUGUAUGUGCGUGCUUGGCGUUGGCAGUACCUGUAGCAUAGACAGUUGCGAUUAUAACUUCAUACUUGCAUCCAUCAAGUAGUGCAUCAAUGACAGGAGACCUUUUCUAGCUCAAAAUCUUUCUUAAAAGCUUUAAUUGAUAUAGAAGCAAUGAUGAAAUCAGUUAACUUCUCCAACAG